AUGUCUAUAAUUACUUUUGAAAAACCUGUACCAAAUAUAUCUGAAUCUGAAUGGAAUUACAAAUUACUUGAAUUAAGAAGAUCUUGUGACAAAAGCAGACGUUGUGCAUUCAAAUUAGGAAAUGAAUCACAUAGAUUAAGAAAUGAGACAGGCCUAACCACUUAUUGGAGUACAUACCGUACCAAUUCUAAUAUUGUUGAUAGACAAACUGAAAUAACACGCUGGAAAAAUAAAAUUGAAUUACGGUCAACACGCUUACAAAAAGAAAUUGAAGAGAUGAAAAUUGAAAAAAAGGAAAAUGAAAAAACUUUAGAAUUUCAAAAUUUGAACUUUGCUGUUACUAAUCAUUGCUUAAGUUUAAGAGAUGAAAGAAAUUACGAAGAUUUAUGUUAUGAUAUUGCAUCUGUUGCACUAAAACACGAACAACUAACUUUGGAAAAGAUGAAAAUCUCAAUAGCUGAAAUAUGUCAAAAAGCUUGGGAACAGAUAAAUAAUUUAGAAGAAUUACAAAUGAAUAUCAUCAAAGACAUAGAAAAUAAAAAUAAUACAAUAAAAAUAGAUAGUGAGCUAUUGAAAAUGAAAAAAGACUCAACAAAUAUUUCUCUUAAACCAGAUUCGCUUAGAAUUCCAAAAGAUUUAUAUACGUACGAAAACUGGCUUCAACAGUGUAAUAAUUUAAUGCAAACAAUUGAAAAUGAAUUGUUACGUUCAGAAAAAAUGCGUGAAACUAUGUUUUUGUUACGACAUAGAAUAUUAAGUGACAUGAUUGCUCUCAAUGACAAAGUUGAUUUUGGUCUCCGAAAACGGAUUUACGAAACAGAAAGAGCCAAGUAUGAACUAGAAUGGCAAAAAGCGAACAUGUUAUUAGACAUGGAGACACUUGUAAAAGAAAUUAAUACACUCGAAAGCGCUUUGGAUGCAAAAUUAAAUUCAAAAAUGUUAGUCGAGACACGGUGUGAAGGAAGACUAUAUAGAGAUGGAAUUGAAUUGUGUCAUGAUAAACCUACUUUUGGAUUGCAUAAAGAAAAUUAUUUACUCGAUAAUUCCAUCAAAAUGUUGAACAACAAGCUAAUUCAAACAAAGGCUAUGCAUAAUGUUCUUAUAGGACACCUGAAAAUUAUAGAGGAGCAAUUGAGGAAUAAGAUUCAUACGUUAAAUGUCGACCAAAAAUGUCUACAGCACAGAGCACAAUUAAAAGACCCAAAUCGUAGUUUAUAG